AUGAAUAAGUGCAAACUUGUUAGAGAUUCUUGCUCAAAAGUCCUUUAAAAUGCUAAACAUGCAAAAAUUAAUUAAGAAAAGUUGAAAGAAUUUGGAAAUAAUUUACUCAACGAAUUUAAAAAUGGCUAUAAAUAUAUUGAGUUCGACGAAUACUCCUGCCAUUACAAUGAAUUUAAGAGUCCUGAAUCAAUUGUUGAUUAUAUCUUUGUUUUGGACACUCUUAACUUUUGUUUCUGGCCUUGCGAAGUAGAAUUUGAAUAUGAUGAUUUAGCUGCAGGUGUCAAAUCUAUUAUUAUUGAAAAUCCUGAACUCUUGAAGCCUAAAAACAUUAUUAAUAUUGAAAGAGACUUUGUGAAGUAAAAAAUAUUUAAAGGUAUUGAGUUUCCAUUAUUAGAUGAAAGAGUUAGACUCUUAAAGGAAAUAGGUGUUAGAACUCUUGAAUAUUUUGAUGGAGAGUUCGUUAAUGUAGUUAAAAGAGCUAAUCAUUCAGCAGUUAAAAUGCUUGACUUACUUAGUAGCUUCUACAAUAAUUUCUAAGAUGUUGCCAUUUAUAGAGGAGAAUAGAUUUGUUUUUACAAAAGAUCUCAAAUCAUGAUCGGCGAUUUAUAUGGUGCUUUUAAAGGAAAAGAUUAUGGUAGAUUUGAUGACAUAGAAGAAGUUACUACUUUCCCAGACUACAGAGUACCUUAAAUUCUUAACCAUUAUGAUGUUAUUUAAUACUCUGAAGAGUUAACAAAAAUCAUUGAAUCCAAGACUGAAAUACCUCAUGGAGGUGAAUACGAAGUUGAAAUUAGAGCUGCUACAGUCCAUUCAGUUGAAGAACUUAAAAAGUACUUGAAGGAGCAAGGCAAGAACUUACACUCUAUUGAAGUUGAUUGGAUUUUAUGGUAAAAAGGAGAAGAAGCUAGAAAAACUAUAAAAAAUCAUCAUCGUGUCCUCUCAAUUUUCUAUUGA